AUGAGAUGCCGAAUCCCUAUGGAAGAAAGGCACUUCAUUCUGAUGGCUCAAACCGCCCUUAAAAUCUCUUUGAGAAAAAGAUUUGAUGGGAUGCAGUUUGGAGAUCUGGCAGAACUGGUAGACAAAGCGUCUAAAUACGAGGAGCUGCUCAGGGAAGAACAACAGAAGAGGAACUCUUCCAAAGGCACGUACUACAAAUCCCUUUCUUCUUCAAUACAUCUGGUUGAGGUAGAGUCAGAAGAAGACACAGAAGGCUCGGAGGAAAGAGAAAUUGCAGUAGCAGAAAUGGCAAAGUUGAAACAUCCCAUCAAUUGCAAAGCUCUUACAAAGCCACCAAAGGACCAGAAGCCACCAUUGUUCACAUGA